CUCAGUUCCCCAAACAGACCCCCUAAUCUCUCAGCAUUUCCUCAAACUUUUUUCAACUUCAAUCUCCAUUAUUCCCGAAAUGAUUUAGAUAUUCAAAAAUUUUACCAUUUUUUCUAAAGAAAAAUAAUUGAAAAAGGAUUCUUCAAGAAGAGGAUUGAUACAUUAGGAUGAUUGUAAUCGCCUAACAAAAUUAUAGACACUAAAGAAGUAAUUCGCAGAUUACUCAACCCCUGGAGAAUAUUUUCAGAGGUUUCAUUAAAAAAUAAUUACUUCACCAAAAUAAUAUUCAUGAAAGACAUGUUAAACAAUAACUGAAUUUCCGAUAAUUUUUUUGUAGAAAUUCGUGCAUGAAUGAUUGAGCAUUGACCUGUUUAAAAGAGUGAUCCGGAUUCCAUGUGAAUAAGCCGAGUUCGUAAAGAAGUGAGAACGUUAAUCUUGAACGUUAAUUUCUAGAUAUGCAAGAUGCAGGCGAACUGCACUUGGAAAGAGGAUACUGGCAGAAAUUAAAUACGUGCCUAUAAUAUCAGGUUUCGCAGAAGAUCUUUACUGAUUCAACCAUACAGGAAGUUUGUGGCAACGACACAUAUUAUAAGAUAAUCUGGAGUUCAACUUUCAAAGAUCAAGAAAAAUACAGCAAAAAAAAGGAAGAAGAAGUAAUCACGAGGUAAAAAAGAAGUAAGUCCGAGAAACAUGUCAAGUUACGCCAACAUUUGAAACAGGUCGUUACAUUGUUCAGUCAAUAGCAAGCGAUGAUUGGACUCUAAUGUCCAUUUAAUUGCGCGUCUCAAUUAUAAUGAUACUCCUCGAUAGCUGAGGGUCCGUUACCUUAAAUGGAGCAGAGUCUCAAUGAUGGUGCUUGAUUUCAGAAACUGACUAAAAAUAGGUCGUCGGAUUAACAUUUGACUUCCUGGCUUGCAAAAAAGGUCAAAAAAAGGUCGUCAAGUUUCUACAAGACAGUGGCAGUAAAUUUGGAAGGAGCUGCCUGGCAUGCUAGUUCGUGCGUGUCCAUGAAAAUAAGAAGUUGAGAAAGACGUGCUCCUUUAUUGUCCAAAGUUUCAUGCAGAAAAAACUUAUUGAAGAAGAGAGUUUUCAAAUAAUUAUCAAAGGGAGGGAAUGCUUUUAGAUUGCCAGAAAGUUUGUGUGACUUCAAAAAAAUAAAAGAAGACGUAAUCUUUCCGUUCAUGAUUGAUAGUGUCAAUUGAGAAAAUACCAUUUAUAAAAUACUUUCGCUUAAAAUAAUUACUAUUCCUAAGAAAGAAAGAGAAUUUGGAAAACUGGUUGGAAACCGGUUAGCAGCAUUCAUGUGGAUUUUAUGUAAAGAAUAUAACUAGGUGUUACAUGGGUCAGUGCAUUUAAAAAUAAAUUCAAUCGUGCACGAAAAUAAUUAUCAAGAGGAAUCGAUUAUUAGGAAAUAAAAAGGCUCACCAAAACAAUUUGAAAAACAUUGACAGAAGGGAAGAAGACGAAGAAGAACUUGAGGAUACCGUAUAGAGGAAUCGAUGAUCUUUCUUGCAAGUCACCAGUUUCAAGUGAAGCUGACGAAGAACUUCAAGCUCGUUAUAAAUGAAAACGGGUGAACAUGCGGUUGAAGCUGUUGAAGCUCACUACGAUCCUGCUUCUUGCAGGAUCCAGCGAAGCGAGGCCUCAAAAAAUCGCUCCAUUGGAGGCAAGCAGACCGGAAGUUUAUGGAAAUGGAUGGAAACCCGUCCAAAUGAGAAGCGAAGGCGGUUCUCAUACUGUCCUAAGCAAUAACAGGUUACAAACAUCUGACUCUCAGCGGAAGCUGAAAGAUCUUCAGUACAUGGAUCAGUCGCUGAGGACAGUUGCAACGCAGUUACUGAACGUAUCUAGUUCAGGAGAUGUUACCAAAAAAGAGGAAAAACAAGAGGGCAACGGCGUUUUGAACAAACUGAUCUUCGUUGAUACGAAGACGAAAAAUUUUGAAGAUAAUCAUGACACAUCUACUAUAGUUGAAGUAAUGGAUCCUUUAAAUUUUGAUCACAAUUCCACCAAAUCUGUCCCUUACGAGAGACCUGUAAACUCUAAAUUCGGCUACAUUGAAAGCAGCCACCCUGGACAAGCCAUGGCAUUGACGGAAGAAGAAUUAGAAAAAGAGUUUAGCAUGAUAAAACACCCCACAGCUCAUAAAAUUAAACCAACCACAACUAGCGGAAUUUCUACUUGGAUUCUUUUAAAUCCUCCUUCAACAACUCCAAAUUUUUCUCUUGAAGAAGAGAGAACUAAGUACCCUUUUACCACUGAAGGACAGACUGUCAUGAAGACAACAUCAUCUAAUAAAAAAGUCGAGUCUAAUGAUCAGAAGCCAUUAACAGGCACUAUCGAAAAAGUCACAACACCUCCACCAGCAGUUUCUUUUGAAAAGAUCAACACCCAGGUUCCAAAAAAAUCUACUCCCAUGCUUAUAAGAAAGUCAACUACGCCAGCAACUCAAAAACAAGAAAAACAAACAGCAAAGCCUGAAAGACAGACUGCAAAGCCUGAAAAGUUCACAAAACAAACAGAAAAACCAGCUCCAGCCCCUGAAAAGUCAACACUAAGUGAGAAGAAAGGUGAAAGGCUGACUCAAAGUACUACACCCAAAAGUACAACUCCAAUGUCAGCUACUAGCGUUGAGACAAAGGAAUCAGAUUCCACUACAAACAUUCCUCCAAAACCAGUGAGCACUACUAAAAAGGUUCAGCCAGUUGCAACCCAGAAACCCAAAACAACAAGUCAGAGCCCAGAUAAUAACAAAGGUUCGGCUACCGUAAAAGGUUCCCCUACAAAAGCAUCUAAACCCAAUCCUCCAAAUAGGCCUAAAUUCGCUCCCCAGAAGAAGACUACUCCUAAACCUGAAAUACAAAACCUAGAAAAUCCUGCUACUUCAAAAAUUGAAAAGGUCACUUACAACCCUGAUCAUAUGAUUACAACUCAGACGAGCCAGUUGGAAGAAACUGAAGUUCCUAUGUUUAUAACCAAAAUUAAAGCCUCCCUUUUCUCCGAGACCAAAAAAACUACACCUGCAGCCAGCCCAACAGUUGGAACAACAAAAGCAACUCCCACAAAACCAACUCCAGCAAAAGCAAAUCCAUAUAAAGAAGAUCGCAUAGAAGUACCAAUCAAAGCCAAACCCACUGUAAGUAAGGCCAACAAUGUUCUGAAGGCCCAUUUGAAGAAGCCAGUCAACGACUUGACGAAAAUCGAAAUCGAGCCUAUAAAAGUGAAUCCCCCGAUUUUGAUAAUUGAGAAGGUAGAGGACGAAGUUAAAAAGGAAAAGGCUCAAGAUUCUAAGAACGUGCAAGAUCUCUUGGAUAAUUCUAAAAUCGAUUUGAAGUUUGAUUUCAAUCCUGAAUUAACCAAAAUUGAUGUUGAGACCACGUCUGAUAAAACACCAACAACAACAGCUAAGUCCGCAUCGAAGAGGAGGCAGACAAACAAGCGGAAGAAAAACAAAAACCGAAAACGUAAGCCUUCAACUACAGCGUCACCAUCCGAAAGUACCAACUCUGAAAUGUCAGCUUUAUCAACUAUUGCCGAAUUAUUUAAUAUUUCUGAUUCGAAUAGUACCGACAAUACGAUUCAGGAAUCAAAAAUCGAGCCGGAGACUAAAGUUGCAAAUUCCACGAAGAACAAGAAAAAACAGGUUCAGAAGCCAAUCAGUGCUCAGAUUUACAAUUUCCUGAGCAGAGAAGUAAUGCCCAGCUUUGGUGUAAUGUCCUUGGUAGGUUUAGGACUCGGUUUGGCCUCCUACUUCCUUUAUCCCUUCAGUGGAGCCAUUGCUCGUAGAAAUUACGAGCUGGAACCGAAUUACAAGUACAAUCUUGAUGAGUACGGUGGAAAUUAUGGUCAGAGCGAGGAGGAAGUUUUCUCAAAAGUCCUUCAGGGUAUGACGAAGCAUGAUAAUAAAUUUGGAGGCAUUAAGGACUAUGAGAAGAAUUACUACAAAUAUCAACAUUUCGAUGAGCCUUAUAGCACCACUACGAAGAAAAAUGAACUGAAGCACUUAACCUCAUCGGGACCCAUUUACAGACCUCUGGAGAAUUCUUAUGACGUUAAUUACAGAAACUCUGAGUUCAAGUACCCUGACGUACCGCCGACUCCGAAUUACUAUGAGAGGCAGAAGCAACCUGAUUCUUCUGCCGGUAAGGAAGUGAAUGGGAAUCGGCAGUUCGUUGUAGGGAAUUUACCAAAGGAGUACUCUUUAAAUGAGAAGUUACCUUCUUUGACUGCAGCUAACAAGAGAGUUGGUCUUCAAGAUCCAGAAGAACCUACCAAAUUUGAAAGAGAGAUGGCUCAGAAUUUUAACUUUCCGAAAAAUUCGGUAAAUAUUCCUCAAGCUUAUGCUCAGGUCGAGAGUCAGACAGCGAAGAAUGAGGAUGUUUAUGAGGAAAUUGAAAUUACACCAUCUGCUGUGGCUGUUGAACAUGGACCUAGAUUGCUGAGGAUCAGGAGGUCAGAUUCAGGAAAGGCGAAGAGGUUGAAGAGGGAGUCUGUCAUACAAGUGAUUCCUUCUAAAAGCGAACUAGAGAAGGAACAUAGAGAAGAGGAAAUUCCAUUAAGUAAUGAUAUUCUGGAUAUAAUUGAUUCUGCAAUACCUGGUGUUGAAGAAGUGAAGACGAAAGAGAGAAUUAAGCAAGAGGAUCUAAAUAUGCAAAAAAAGAAGCAAGAAGAGGAUAAGAAGACUAAGGCGAAGGAAAAAAUUGUAGAACCUGAAAGCAUCACAAAAAAUGUUGUACUUUCAUCCUCCGCUGAAACUGUGACACCAUCUUCUACUUUUUCAACAGUUACUUCAAAUUCUUUGCCAGCAGUAUCUUCCAAAACAGUACCUUCAAAAGUAUCGUCAAAAAUAGAUUUUUCAAAAACAGAAGCAGCAUGGAGUUCGAGUACAACAGGUUCAAAUCUAGAAACCUCAACAGAAACAUCAACAGAUCGGUUUACUUCUUCGACUAGUGAAAAUCCUAAACAAACAGAAGCGGAGGGAAAUAAUAUUUUUGGCGUUAUGAGGAAAAUUGCAGAAAUUAAAAUUAAACUGGCCUUGAGCCUUCUUAAACAUGCUAGCGAGGGAUUUGCGAGAUAUUUAGGACACGUGCAAAAAAGGAUUAAUGGCGAAGCAUGAUUUGUAAUACAAUUAAUUAUAAAGAAAAAUCAUUUUUGAUAGGGUGUCUGGCGAGAGAAAAUAAUACAGUGCAGGCCAAAAGUUUGAAUACAUAUACAUAACAUAACAAGAAUCAGCUGUAGUAAUAUUUUCAUAUUUUUGCUGUUGUUAAUACAAUUUAUUUCUUUGAAACAAAUUCGGAAGGAUCAGGAAAUUUUAAAACUAUGUUGUCCAUAUCAAAGUUAUAGAGAUAAUGUAGUAAAAUAAGUGGUUCAACUACAAAAAUCGUUUUUUUCUUAAGUGUAUUCAAACUUUUGGCCUGUACUGUAUAUUGUUUUGUAUCAGCAAGUAGAUAAUUUUUAUAACAAAAAUGAAAAUAACUAAAAGAUCAAGUUCGUUAAUGCGCAAUUUUUUUUAAUCGAUACAAAAAAAAUGUGAUCCUUUCUGUUGUGGAGAAAAAUUAAAAAUGGCAAUUCAGAAUUGUUAUUCGUGGUUUGUACAAAACAAAAAUGCCAGACAUAAGAAUAAUGCGAGCCUAUUAUAGUGAGUAAUGUUUAGAGAUGUUAUGGUAGUUAUAUCGUGAAAAUAAUAUAAUAUCGAAACGAUGUCAGUAUUCCCAGUUAUCAGCUCUCUAAAAUUGUAGAUGAUUUAGGAUGUGUAAGGAUUAUUGUAAAAAAGGCGAUAAAUGAGUAAUUGAGAAGAUUGUAGAAUUUUUUGUCAUAAAUCCAAGAAGUCAGAGCACUGAAAGAUUUAUUGUAAUAUAAAAUAUAAAAGUACAGAACAUAUAGCGUAUAAAUGAAUAUAAUAUAUAAAUAGGCAUCAACGAACUAAUGUGUAAAUAAACGGUAAAAAUAAAGUAAUAAUUUUUGUAUCACUGAAGAAAUUAAUUUCACUCGGAAAAAAGUUUGUUUCAAUCAAACAAACAUUUGUUUCUCCCUAUAUUAAAGAUAGAAUUUGUUUGAUUACAAAAAUUGUUUUUUCGUGUUAAACAAGUGUGUGUUUGAAUUAAAAAACUUUUAUUUGAAUCAAAGGAAUAUCUUUUGGACCCUAUAUCAAAGAAAGAACUUGUUUGAUUAACACAAACAUUUUUCUGAGUGUUGGAGUUUGUUUUCUAAACUUGUUUCCCAGUCCUACAAUGAGUUAAGUAAGAUAUACCUAUAAAGUAGGAGGUAUAUUCAUAAAUUCAUAUUUUUAAAUUGAAACUGUUCUAGUUGUUGAUUAAAUCUUUUUGUCACUUUUAUGAUUUAAUGGUAGUAAAGAAUAAAUAAGUAAUAAUUAUGUAACUAUGCUAAUAUACAAUUUAAAAGGGAGAAUUACACUCAGAAUUGUUAAUAUUUUUCUUGAGUAUGGAUAUUAUAAUUUUUGCUGAUAUUAAAAGAUUAAUUUAAGAAACAGAUGUUUAGGAUUUAAUAGAUAAAUAAGGCGCUGGUGGAAAAAGUUUCACAAGAAAGCAAAUUUCUACAGCUUUAAUUUUUGUUAAAGCAUGUGCAAAAAUUAACGAAAUUUGAUUUAAAAAAAUACAAUUAAAUACAAAUAGAUAAUUGUUUUUUGUAUUUUUGUAGAAUAUUAAAUGA